UGUAUUUGAAUGUUCAAAAUACAUAAACCCCACUCUCUCCCACUCUCCCUCACUCUCAUACCCACUCUCUCUCGAACCUACAAUAAAUAAUAACGGGCCUCCAUUAAUGCACCCACCCCUACCCCUUCAUUCAUUCUUCUUUCCGAUCACACCCUCCUCACUCUCUUCUAGGGUUUCCACCUUCCUCCGAUCAACAUUCUCGCUCUCUCCGCCGUCCAUGACUCGCUGCCGUCCACAAAUCCAACGUUGCGGCACCGAACCAACCUCAAGGGAACGAGUGGAUUUACAGGCAGCGAGAAAUGCCGAAUUUGUCUCCUGAUUCUAGCUCUUGUGGUGGUGGGGUUGCAGACCAAGACUCAUUCUCAUCUAAAUUCGGGCGGAGAUCCUCUACACGUGUGUCUGGGAUUCCAAUUAAGAAGUUAUUAGAGGAAGAGAUGCCGACCAAAACUGAAUCCAAAAGAAGAUCCCCUGGUGUUAUUGCCAGAUUGAUGGGUCUUGAAGGGUUGCCGUUUCAGCAGCCUGCUAAUAAGCAGCACCAUGGUUUUUCAGAAAAACAUCCAGGGAAGGCAGCAGCGCAACUGGAGAAAACUCGAAGCAGAAGUGAUGGCCGAUCAUCUAGAAGGAGCUCCAAAGAUCCGGAAGAGUUUAAGGAUGUAUUUGAGGUCUCUGAGAUCUCAAAGGUUGAGAGUGCUAGGUAUUCAUCACAUGGGUGUGCAGACUUGAAGACCAAUGAUGCUGAAAUGUCGUUCAUUGAACAGAAGUUCAUGGAUGCCAAACGCCUUUCAACUUAUCAGGAUUUUCAUUCUUCCAAGGAAUUCCGUGAUACACUUGAGGUUUUAGACUCUAACAAGGACCUUCUGCUGAAAUACUUCAAGCGGCCAGAUUCUUUGUUUAAAAAGCAUUUGAAUCAUCUGCAAGCUCCCCCACACCAAUCACAUUCUGGACACUUGGAUACUACAAAUAUUGAAAACUAUGAACGUGACUUCAAUUGGAUGUCUGAUAGGGAAGCCACAGGGUUGAAUCACAAUAGAUUUCAUCCGAAGCAUCAUCAUGGUUUUCCUCGCCAUGACAAACGACAUCUGAUGCAUAGUUCUCCAAAAUCAUCAAAGCAUCAGUUUAAAGGUGGCUAUGAACAAGCAGCAGUCCCCACAAAGAUUGUGGUCCUGAAACCUAAUCUUGGAAAAGUGCUUAAUGGUUCCAGAGUAGUAUCGUCACCAUAUGCUUCCCAUGAUUUACUGUCGGAGCUUGGAAACCACACGGAACUUUCCGAUGUCAGAUUUAGAGACGCCAAACUGUAUCAGACAACAGGUUUGCCUGAUAGUGCUAGGUUUUGCAGGCAAGGUUCUUUGGAAUCCAGAGAAAUGGCAAAAGAAAUCACGAGGCAAGUGAAAAGUAGUCUGAACAAGGGUUGCGUGAUGCUUUCCUCUUCUAAAUUUAGAGGAUAUGCUGGGGAUGAUAGUUCAUGUAGUGUUUCUGGGAAUGAAUCUCCAGAGGAAUCGGAGGAAACGACCACAACUUUGGGAAGCUCAUUUGACAUUAAUAGCCGCAGCCGGUAUUCAUCCAAUUCUAGUGAAUCGUCUGUGAGCAGAGAGGCAAAGAAGAGACUGUCAGAGAGGUGGAAAGUGGCACACAAGUCUCAAGAGGUGCAAGUCAGCAGGAGCAGCACUCUGGCUGAAAUGCUUGCCAACCAUAAUAAUGAAAUGAAGGCUGCAUAUUUUGACAGCAUGGCUAGUAAGGAAGCUUCCCAUGAUCAAUUUGCUAGCCAUGGUGAACGUACUGGGUGGGUUGAACCAAUUGGUAUCAGCAGUAGGGAUGGAUGGAAGGACGGAUGUAUUGUAACUUUGUCAAGGUCAAGGUCUGUUCCUACUUCAUCUACAGCCUUUGGGAGUCCUAGAACAUUCUUGCGAACUGAAGCACUUCGUGAUGAUCGGUUUAUGGUGUCAAAGGAAGCCCUUAAACGGGAGAGGAAAAGAGCAACCAAGAAUCUUUAUAAUAGAGAUGGUGCGAAUACUAGAAGCACAAAAUCUGGUCAUAAGAAGUCUCUAUCAUUGCAUUCAGUAAAUCUGGAGGGUGAUGGGUUUUUUCCAGACUUCAAUACAUUUCAGAAUGAAAUGAAAAUCAAUCUUGAAGAAGAUUCACCCAAGCUAGACGUUCCAGCCACCAAAUCCUCUGCUGAGACCCUCAGAGAUACAAGGGUAGUUGCUGAUGAAGUGGUGGAUGUGGCAGAUGAAAAAGCAGUUGGUUCUUCUGAAUCUUCUUCUGAUAAGGACCUCUCAGCUGGGUCUUCCGAUGGAAGUUCAGUCUCCUCUAAACCACUACCUGGACUCGAAUCUUCCUGUAAAGAUGCUGAUCAACCCAGUCCAAUCUCAGUCCUAGAACCUUCUUGUACAGAUGAUCUGUCAUCUUCUUCUGAAUGUUUUGUAGGUCUCAGUGCUGACCUACAAGGGCUGCGAAAGCAACUCACCUUGCUGAAGUUGGAAUCUGAAGAUUAUGAGGAGGGACCCGUUCUAAUUUCAAAUGAUGAAGAUGGUGGGGAAGCAUGUACUGAAAAGUUUGAAGGGAGUCGAUGGUGUAGAACUGAAGAUAGCUGGGAAUCUUCAUACAUUAUGGAUGCCUUGUCUGAAUCUGGCUUUGAUGGGGCUGACCCAGAUACAAUUUUGGAAGUUUGGAAUUCCCUAGAAUGCCCCAUGAGCAUUUCAGUGUUUCAUGAACUUGAAAAGAGGUACUGUGAUUGGACCACUUGUUCAAGGUCUGAAAGGAGAAUGCUUUUCGACCGCAUAAAUUCAGGAAUUUUCAAGAUAUACGAGCAAUCCUUGUGCGGAAAACCUUGGGUCGGCCCUGCAACACCAGAUAUUGGUUCUCAAUUGACUGAAAAUGGGCUCCAAGAUAGUAUUGAAAGGUUGCUAGGGAGGCAAAGGGAAGUGACCGAUGACAUUUUAGGGAAGUUGCUGGUUAUGGAGUCACAGUGGUUGGACUUGGGAGAUGACAUUGAUGUCAUUGGCAGUGAAAUUGAGAGAUUGCUGUUUGAUGAUUUGGUGGCAGAGAUUGCCGGUGCCUAGAAAUUUUGUAUCCGAGAUCAUAUUUGUUCUUAGGAAGAUUCCCUACAAUGUAAAUUGAGUAGGAUUAUGUCAUUUUCUUCUGAAGAUGAAUAAAGAGUUCACAAUCCUUUUUUCCCCAGUAGCAUUUAAGGUCGUUAGUAUAUCAAACUAAAGUGAUGUGAUAAUAAAGCCACAAACAGAUUUUAUGCAGUAUAAAAUAGCUUUCAAAUCCUCAA